AAUCAUUUUUUUUUUUUUUUUUUUUUUUUUUGAGACAGGGUCUCGCUCUGUCUCCCAGGCUGGAGUGCAGUGGCGCGAUCUCGCCUCACUGCAGCUUCCGCCUCCUGGGUUCAAGCAGUUCUCCUGCCUCAGCCUCCUGAGUAGCUGGGACCACAGGCGCGUACCGCCACGCCUGGCUAAUUUUUGUAUUUUUAGUAGAGAUGGGGUUUCGCCAUAUUGGCCAGGCUGGUUUCAAACUACUGACUUCGUGAUCCGCCUGCCUCGGCCUCCCAAAGUGUUGGGAUUACAGGCGUGAGCCACCACGCCUGGCCAAGCCCAGUCUUACAAAUGAGGACCCUGAGGUUGGUAGAAGGGAGGUGACCUGUCCACACCAGGAGUUAGCAGAAACUUGAACCCAUAUUUCUUUGCUGCUCAUGGGCAGAGUUACACUGCUGCUGUGAUUCCCAGGAGAGAAACUGAACUUUGCUAAACUACUUUGGCAAACUCAAAAGCAGAUGGGCCAGCCAUUUGUGGUCUGAAAGCACUCGGAUGCUAGAGACCCUCUGUUACAUGGUGCCUCUGUCAGACAGCCCUACAAUUUGGAUCCUGGGGCUGGAAAAAGAAGAAUGCUGGGAGACUUUGGUUGUGGCAGACUGCCUCUCAGUGGGUCCCACUGUGCUGGCUGAGUGCCAGUGGUGGACUCCUGAUGCCUGCAUUUGCAGAACUGAUAGCUGCAGGGAGGCAGUGGGUUCCAGCGGCACAGCGUUCUCACAUUUCUGGCCACUUCUAGAGGCAGAGGACGGGGUCAGCACCAUGGACAGCCUCACGGUCCCGCCUCCCUUUCGUGUGUCAGAACACGCGACCCGGACUAGUCUGGUCUGGGGACGGCCCUAGUCGUUGCUGGCUGUUCUAAGCGGGGCGAGGGACUCCCGUGGGUCCCAGAGCAGUCUUUACGCCCCAGCCGGCUUCUCGCUUUCCUGCGUCCAGUGCUGCUUCCAGCGCUAGCCCCAGGGGCACGAAGGCUGGUGUAGGGAGGUGCGCCCCUCCGGGGGCCCGCCAGCCGUCAGACUCGAAGCUGUGGCUGUCAUUGCUUCUACAAUCAGUGCAUGUUCUUCGCUGACGUCAGUCGGAGCUGUCCUGGCACUAUAUAAGGCUGGCGACAGCCCCGGGACAGACCCUGUGUUCCCCAAGGCGCCUUCGGCCUGCCCCGAGGGACAGAGACUGGAGCUCAAUCUUGGACCGUACAAACGCUCGCCGACAACCUGUGAGUGGCUCAGAGCGUCCGCCCAGCCUCCCCCAGCACCAGGACUCCGCUCAGCUCAGCCACCACGCUCCUCCGGGGAGGGAGGCUGGGUGGAAGGGAUGGAACAGCACUGGCGCAGUGGCUGGGGCUGGAGGGCAGGCUGCGGGCAUUGGGCGGUGGCCGGAGGGGUCGCCGGGAGAGCGCGGGGAGGGAGCGGCCUCCUGCAGCUGCCCCAGGCGCACCUCACCCUGCGCUGCCCCUGUGUGUCCAGGGCCGGCGGCACCAUGAGGCAGGAGGGACGCGCAGCGCUGCUGGCCGCGCUGCUGCUCCUGGUACAGCUGUGCCCUGGGAGUAGCCAGAGGAGCCCCGAGGCGACCGGGGUCCAGGACCCGAGUCUGCGCUGGAGCCCUGGAGCACGGAACCAGGGCGGCGGGGCCCGCGCGCUCCUCUUGCUGCUGGCGGAGCGCUUCCCGCGCCGCGCGGGGCCCGGCCGAUUGGGACUCGGGACGGCAGGCGAGCGGCCGCGGCGGGACAACCCUUCUCUGUCCAUUGACCUCACCUUUCACCUGCUGCGGACCCUGCUGGAGCUGGCGCGGACGCAGAGCCAGCGGGAGCGCGCCGAGCAGAACCGCAUCAUAUUCGACUCGGUGGGCAAGUGAUGGCCCGCUUUGGGGCUGCGAAAACGUUGACCCCUUUCCCCCACCCCAGGGUUGGGAUGCGGGGCAGAGCCACCAGGGCACUCUCUGCGUGACUAUUUUUUAAUAAAAGUACUGAAGACC